UCUCUCGUUGAAUGCGUUUGUUUUGGCUUGUGCGUCGAGCUGGCUGGCCGAGUCGGCCGCAGUGGAGUGUGCGAAGCGUAACCGAACGGAUUUGCGCGGUGCUCGUGAAAAAACUGUUUUAUCUUUUACCUUCUUGAGACCGCGCGCUUGACGACAACCGAGGAGCGUCGUUGAAGGCAACGGGGUCGAACAACAUCGAGCGCGUGUUUUGUGCACGUUCGGAUCAUUCGUCGAAGUUUCGGAAACGUCCCAACUCGCUGCCGUCGUCUCAUCGGCCAGCCCAACGUUAGUGAGCCACCGAGAUGUCAACGCUUCCCGUAGCGGUAGCGGUACUGUGCUGGGGUUCCGGUGACAACCGGUGACAGCGUGCUGAUAUCCGCGCUCCGGUGUGCGUGUGUGUGUGUGUGUGUGUGUUGCGUGCCUUCGUUUAUCAGCGGGACGCACGACGACGACGACGGGACCUGAAGACGCCGGGUCAGGAAAGGGAUAGCAGUGCACAUCGGUAAAGCUGGGCAUGGCUUCUGUUUUUACUUCCUGACCAACAUGUGGAAUAUUCAUGAUGUUACUGACGUAACAGAAAAUGGACAUCUCAACAGUGCUUGCAGCGUUGUGGGGUGUCCUCAUGCUCCUGCAAGAACCCUGUCAAGGUGUGCCCCAAGGGGGCAAUGCCCCACCUCCUGUGGUGUUUGUGCCCGGCUCCUUGCCUCCUUGGGAAGCAGGCACUGGCAGCCAGCAGGCACCAACAUACGAGGCCCCACACACUUCCCCAAUCUUUGUGAGAGCUGAGCCCAUACCCUUGAGUGAGCCCCAGGGCACGGGUUGGCGGCCCAUGCACAACCCAGCCAGCUGGCUAUCGCAGCCCCACCCAGACAACCCGCCCAUAAGCACGGGUCCUUCAUCGUACGUCUUUCCUGGAAACGGGCCCCCUCCUCCUCCCAUCACUGCCCCUCCCUCAUUCCCACAAGUGCCACAAAGCCCCACUGCACAUCCAGACUGGGGGAGCUCCAUUCCAUCCACACUACAGCACACCGUUCCACCACAGACAAACACGUUACCUCAGCUCUCCAACGAGAUUCCCCCUGUGAGGACGAGUUCACCAACAACACCCAGUGAGAAUACCGUGUCGCAUCCCAUCUCCGGAACGGAUCCUGCAACUGAGAGACUCCCGGACACUACCCAGGCUACGGACGCUACAGACGCGACGGUGUCUCUCUCUGUUAACACAGUGUCUGACGGACAUGACAGUGUGCAUCAGCAGAGCAAUGCAACGCCCAGUCCUACGUCGAGUGACUCCAGCCCACUUCGUGUUUCUGGUGGUGUGAUAGACCAAAGCAGUGUGCACCGGGAAAGUGUUGCAACUGUGAAUGCUGAUGCGGGUGGUAGUGCGACUGUCACGCCUAAUGAGACAUCGACGCCGGCCACAGUUGACAAGGACUCGCCAAACAUUGAGUCUCCAGACUACCCUCUAGCAGGAGGUGCAGUGGCUGGAAUAGUGAUCGGUUCCAUAGCAUCAGUAGCACUCCUUGCAGGUCUGAUAACAUAUAUUGUCUUACGGAGGCCUUUCCUGAAGCUGCUGAAUGGUCAGGACAAGUCGUCUACAGAUAACGUCGCCUACAUCGAUGACUCGGUGCGCAGUAGCUACAUGAACACCCAUAUUGAGCUUCCCAAGGAAAGCUCGGAAGAAAUGACUUCUCUGGACAACGAUUCGUUUCUCAACAGCCUGGAAGCAGUGACCAUACAGAACUACUGGGCUGACACCAGCAAAAACACGAACGUGUAAAGGACCACGCGAGCUGACAAAGGGCCCAGCUUCUGUUGCUGUGCAUUCCUUUAACUUGUGAAUACUAGGUAGAAUAGUGAAACUGCCGCGCUGCAUUGUUUUUAUCUGUUGUUGAAAAGAUGCAGUAGUGGCACUAUGUGAUGGCGACCCUGCAUUUUGUUUUAUUUUUUCAUCGUGCACAUGGUUCGUUUGACUUUUCAAACACUCUCACUGACUAUAUGCGCGAAGCUGUUAUGUGCAACGACGCGUAAAGCUCUUCUUGCCCAGUAUCGUGUUUUUACUGUAGUGUCAGGUUGGAAAGCUGCGACAUCAUUUUGUGUGUUUUAAGUGUGGGGCACUGCUCUUCAGCACAACACUGUCAGAUGCACAUGAAUAUAAUGAGUUAUGACACAUAAUGAAGUAAAUCUCAAAUGUUGACGUAGUAUAAUGAAGGCAUUCUUGUGUCAUGCGACUUUGUCAUAGUAAUAGUCAACUGUAUGCAGAAUUGACAAGCGGGCUUCGUCGCUCAGCAUGAAUGCCACCAAUAUGGUCAUGGAUUUUGCGUGUUUAAGGAAAGAAGCAAAGUGGAAUUUGAGCGCUGAGAGAGCAAGAAUCGGAGAUUAGGACAUGCUCAUGUAUCCGCUCUAUUGUACAUACACUGCGAUCCUGCGCAUCGCUCUUUUAAUGAUGGCAUUCUCACGCAAAGUUGUCUGUUUGCAGAGUGUCUCGCACCUUCCUUUGAUAAAAAUUAGUUUACUACAGUUCUUUUUUUUUUUUUUUUGGCCUGUAGGCACAACAUCGCAUCAAGCCGUCGAGAGCAGCAAGUAAUGUAGACUGCUGCGUUGGCUAUUGCAAGUUGGCAUCGACUACUUCUGUAGCCUGAAUAACUAGUGCACUUACUGCUAAGAAAUGAAGUGGCAUUGAGUGCUUUCAAUGCAAAUUUUAGUGACAGUUCUUUUCUGGUUUGUCCAAGGUAAGAGUAUGCAGUUGCCUGCAGCAGGCCUUUUUUCAGAAAUAGAGAAAUUAAUGUUGCAAGCAGCAGUGAUGCCUUAUUUUUAAAAAAAGCCUAAAGAAAAAAAGCUUUAGUUCUGGCUCUUAUUUCUCAAAUACAUGUUCAAAACACAAAAAUACCCUCCUUGGGUUACCACCCAAUUCACUUCAUAGAAAUAACUAUGAAUUGCUUCUAAUGUAGCUGCGGAAACCAACUUUAAGUACAUAAUCAGACCACUGAUGAUCUUUUUUUAAGUAUCAGCAUUGAUAAAAUUGAAACAUUUUGUCAGAAAUGAUUGACACAUUGUAAUCACUAUUAUAAGUUUGCAACGAAUUCACAAUGACAUUAUUAGCAGCUGCUAUGAUUCAGGCUAUGAUGGUGGCGCAGGAAACUUAUAAAGAAAGGCAGUUUGGCACAACUGCAGAUGACAGUAUAGUUCUGAAUGAACCAAACAGGCAACAUUAAGGAACACAGAGUAAGGCAAAGCUUGCCACGUAAUUUCACCUUCCGAUGGAUUUCCAGUCCAAGCCUUGGAACAUUUUAGUCUGAAGCUACAUUACAAGAGUACUAGGCUAUGCAAAGAACACUAGUAGAGGCAGCUUGUGGUACUAUGUGCAACCUCAGUGUGCUGGAAUGGUUUUCUUUUGCACCACACUUUCUGGCAAAAAUGAAACAGUACAGCAUCUUGUACUUUGCACAAGCUUCUACAUCAGCCAUGUAAGGAAAAAAAGGGCUGAAUAGCCUCCGAUGUCACUCUCCAAGACAACGUGCAAGGGCGCUUUUUACAGGGCAGUUUGUCUUCUUCACCUCUAAGUGCAGCUUCACUUUCUAAAGAAGGCAAACAAAAGCUCUAAGCACGACACAAGAGCCUAAUCUUGUCUUGGGCUCCUUUUACAGAACCAUGAGCUCACCUAUAGUCGGGUGCAAUAUUAGAAGGCAAUGGCAUGUCCACCUCUAAGGCAGAUGCACACGAGCCUGCACCAAUGGGCACACACUCUAGACCUACAUCACGCACUACAACUUUGUCAUAUAAAAACCUGCCCUCAGGUCAAUAAUGAAAAAGUUAAUUAACGAGUUUUUGUUAAUCAGUCGCAACAGUGUCAUUUUAACGGCCAAGUGAUUCAGCCAAUGAAAAAUGGGACCGAGAAUAUGAGUGGGACCAUUUCUUUAGUUGUGGAUGCGAUCAGCUGCCGCACUUUGGUCCUCUGGGCAUAGUCUCUCCUGCCAUCUAAAGUUGUGCUUGACUAUAAUCAGAUUGGAAUUUUGUCAGAUGCCGUACGUAAACCAGAGGUGCUGAUCGCCAAAGCAGUAAGUGAAAAGGCCACGUGCUUUGCUAGCCAUGGUGGCAUUAUUUUGAGUGGCAGAGAGUAAUUUGCUCCCUUGGCAGUUAUGGUGCUCUUGCUUAUGCCCCAUAAUGCAGCCUAGGUGACAUGCAAUUUCAAACACUUUUCACAAUUCAUGUUAGGGGCUCUACAUGAUAGCACAGACAAAUGAACCCAGCCACACAUUGCAAUAAGAGUGUCCAUGCAGUUUGCUUGAGCACGGUGUCACAAAAUGCCCCCACUAAUGCUUCUUUUCGAUGCUUCGUGCUGUUGUUUGUAGGUUCUAUUAGCACUCCGGCAUUAGGUGCAGCGCUUGUUGCAUCUUGGGCAUCGCAACAGUGAGUGCUGCUAACAUUACGUACGAGGAUCUGCACGCUAGUCUACUGAGCACUUCAUAUCUCCUACUCUGAUCCUUGAUGGAAUGUGGAUUUAAUUUACUUGAAUGCUUUUUCCCCCCCUCCGAAGGCUACACACACUGUAAAUAUACAACUGAAGCCUGUCUUUCAGCCACGAAGCCUAUUGCACACACUGAAAGUCGUCAGGGAUUUGAUACCACUGAUCUCCGACACCUGUUGGUUUACACUAUAGCUAAGAGCAUCGCAGUGAUCAGACACACAUGCAGAUCCACAGACUGAAGUGGUUCUGGAGUGAAACUAUGCACGAGCACUUGUUCUGUUGUGGAUGUGUCUCUACAUAAAGAGCUCUGAAAGACCACAUGCUCGUAGCUUAAGACUUCCCCCUCAUACCAAGAGCCUUAUUCAUAUUUACUUUUUUUAUGAUCUCUGCAACUGUCAUGAACAUCAAAGCAAGUUUUCUAGUACGAAAGCCAAUGUAGCUAGCACUGGCUUGUCUGAACUGCUUCUUUACAUCACCUGAGAACGUUAUUUUUUUACUUUUAUUUAAAGCUACGCACAUAGCAAGACUGUUCAGACUCUGUACUUUAUGCUUGCCACUUUUAGAUUUUUGCGAAAGAAACAGUGACAAAUAUAUGCCGAUUUGUUGACAGCACUCUUGUGAUGCAUGUUUCUAUUGUUAACACAGUCGAACACGGAUAUAUUGAACGCGGAGAUCUCAAAGUAGCUUGAUUUAUAGGAAAUUACGAGAAAUUCCCAGGUAUAAAUCCUUCACUGCGUGGAGGUUACAUCCUUUUGCACUUAGUAUUCUUCACCACACCACAUGACUAGUAGUGUUGCACUGAAGCUUACUACAGAAAAUUUUUCGUUAUGGACAGCAAAUAAGCCUUGCCGCACAAGCCCUCACAUACCGAGAUGCAGCAUGCCUAAUUUUCAUCCAUGGCAUGUGGUCAAGAAGUGUUGACAUAUUUGCACAGCACAAAAUGAACGAGCACAGAUGAGAGGACACAGCACAUCUCUCCUCGUGCAUUUUGUGCUGUGCAAAUAUGUCAAUGCUGAAUCACCAACUAGCCCAAACUACCGUUCUGUCGAGAAGUAAUCGCAGUGCUGUUAAGAGAAGUGCUCUUGCAGGGGCAUAUAUCAAAAGUGGCAGUAAAGGUCUUCAGUACAGGCAUAGCAGAGUGCUAAACCGUCGAAUAGAAUUUGUAACGCGAUCUUACAACGGUUCCAUAUAUCCUGGUUCAACUGCAUGUGUUUAUAUGUAGUACAUAUGCACUAUGUGACAAAACGAUGGCAGAGAGGCUCAAAGCGGCUGUGUGUACAUUCUGUUCACGUGCACUCUUAUUAGUUCUAGUCGUGGCCUCAGAUAUUACAGAUUAUUUAUUAUUUUUCCCGGCUGUACUUCUUUUUCGUCCUGCAGCAGUUUGUUCCACCGUGG